GAUCGGAGUUUGAAUUUGGCUUUAAAUGAUUCAUCCAUUUCCUUCUCACCAUCAACAACUAAACAACAAAUCAUCAUUUCUCUUUCCUCGUCACUAUUCAACUAAACCUCCAAUCGCACCCCAACGACGAGCUGCACCAUCACCUUUAAUCUUCAUUGCGAUCUUUGGCUCAGCUUGCGCUACUUUUGCAUACAUCACUCUUCAACGUUCUUCAGAUUCAACCGAUCCAAGAUUACGAGCAAAAGCUUUUCCUAGUUUUGGUGGAUCUCCAGUUGUUUCAUCAUCAAAGGAUUCAAGUAACAAAAAAGAAAGUUAAAGAACUCAUAAAAAAUGGCACCAUGUUUUGAUAAACAAAAGAUAUCAGUAAUCUUUGUACUUGGUGGACCUGGAGCCGGAAAAGGUACACAAUGUGAUCGAUUAGUUAAAGAUUAUCAAUUUGUACAUCUUUCAGCCGGUGAUUUAUUAAGAGCCGAACAACAAAGAGAAGGAUCUGAUUAUGGAAAGAUGAUUAAAGAAUAUAUUACAGAAGGUCAAAUCGUUCCUAUGGAAGUGACGAUCAAAUUACUUGAGAAUUCGAUUGGUGAAGCUCUUAAGAAUGGAAAUCAUCGGUUUUUGGUUGAUGGGUUUCCUAGGAAAAUGGAUCAGGCAAUCAAAUUUGAUGAAGAUGUUUGUGAAUCAUCUUUUGUGUUGUUCUUGACUUGUCCUGAACAAACUUUGUUGGAUCGAUUACUCGAACGUGGUAAAACUAGUGGAAGAGAUGAUGAUAAUGAAGAAAGUAUUUCAAAACGGUUUAAGACCUUUAUCGCUACUUCAAUGCCAGUAGUAGAUUAUUAUCGUGAAAAAGGAAAAGUAGUCGAAAUUGAUUCAUCUGUACCUAUUGAUGAAGUAUAUCAACAUAUCAAAUCUGCCAUCGAUACUCGUCUAGACUUUUAA